GCAGCCAGUCAGCCAGUCGUGGCUCCGGAGUGACUCCCACACAGCUGCCUCGGCGAUGUCGCACCCGAUCGUGGUUUUUAUGGUAUGAUCAUCUACCUCAGAUAACCAGCUGUCGUCUGUGUUUGUGUCCGAGCUGAACGUCUCUGCAGUGCGAUGCUGACAACAUGUUUCCUCGCCGAGAAGCUCAGCGGUGUGCAGCAUAGAGGAGGCACCAGAGAGGAGCAACGUGCACAGUUACAGCAGGCUGUUGCAGAAAGCCAGUAUCAUGGAGGCUGGAUGUGUGGUUGCCGCGGUGAUUGAGAAUGCUGCCUCAGGACCCCGGGGAGAACCAGGAAGUAGUGACGUCCUUGAGGGAGAUGUGCUUUCAUCCACUGACUUGGACAAAGACGAUGCCUUACCUGAAACUGCCAACAAUAAUCCUCCAGAAGAGAAACAACCACAGGAGACAUCCACUGCCAUGGUGAGGAGUGAUGACAUCACAGAGCACCCAGCCGAGCCCCUCCUCCGCUCCUGCGUCAGCACGGCUAGCAUGAAGGUCAAGAACAUGAAGAAGCUGACGUUCCCCAGAGGUCACUUCCCCAGGUUGGCAGAGUGUGCCCAUUUCCACUAUGAGACUGUUGACUUUGGCAACGUUCAGUUGGCGUUCGCAGAGGGCCAGGGUGAAGGACCGAAGGCUGGUGUGGACUCAAAAGAGCUGGUCUUCCUGGUCCAGGUCACUUGCCAGGGUCGAAACUGGCUGGUAAAAAGAUCUUAUGAAGACUUCCGGGUUCUGGACAAACACCUACACUUGUGUAUCUAUGACCGCCGCUACUCCCAGCUCAACGAGCUGCCGAGAUACGACACUUUAAAGGACACUGUUGAGUCUGUAACCAAGAUGUUGGCGACCUACCUGUCCCGCUUCUCAGUCAUCGCUGACAACAAGAUCAACUGUGGUCCAGUACUAACAUGGAUGGAGAUCGACAACAAGGGGAACCAUCUGCUGGUGUCUGAAGAAGCCUCAAUUAACGUCCCUGCCAUCGCCGCUGCACAUGUCACCAAACGUUACACAGCUCAGGCCACAGACGAGUUGACCUUUGAGGUGGGGGACAUUGUGUCGGUCAUAGACAUGCCUCCUAAAGAAGACACGGGCUGGUGGAGAGGGAAACAUGGCUUUCAGGUUGGUUUCUUCCCCUGUGACUGUGUUGAGCUGAUAAAUGACAAGAUUCCCCCCAGUGUUCAAAGCUCUGUGCCGAAGCCAGUGUGUAAGAAGCAUGGGAAACUGGUUACGUUCCUGAGGACUUUUAUGAAGUCGCGACCUCCGCCUCAGAAGCUGCGGCAGCGUGGUAUCCUCAGAGAGAGAGUGUUUGGCUGUGACCUGGGGGAACAUCUCCACAACUCAGGACAUGAAGUGCCACAGGUUGUUAAGAGCUGCGCUGAAUUCAUAGAGAAGCACGGAGUUGUGGAUGGAAUCUACAGACUGUCUGGCAUCUCCUCCAACAUCCAGAAACUCAGGCACGAGUUUGACUCAGAACAAAUCCCAGACCUGACCAGAGAUGUCUUCAGACAGGAUAUCCAUUCAGUGGGCUCCCUCUGCAAGCUGUACUUCAGAGAGCUGCCCAACCCUCUGCUCACCUACCAGCUCUAUGACAGAUUCUCAGAGGCCGUGUCUGCAGCCACAGAUGAGGAGAGGCUGGUCAAAAUCCACAAUGUCAUCCAGCAGCUGCCUCCUCCACAUUACAGGACUCUGGAGUUCCUCAUGAGACACCUCUCCCACCUGGCUACCUUCAGCCCCAUCACUAACAUGCACACUAAAAACCUGGCAAUUGUCUGGGCACCUAAUCUCCUCAGGUCCAGACAGAUCGAGUCGGCCUGUUUUAGCGGCACAGCGGCGUUCAUGGAGGUGCGUAUCCAGUCGGUGGUGGUGGAGUUCAUCCUCAACAACACUGAGGCUCUCUUCAGCCCGAAACUCAAUGCCAUCAUACGGGAAAGCACUGGUAACAACACUUUAUCCAGACCCAAGUCUCUGCUUGUCUGCUCCCCGUCCACAAAGUUAUUGUCUCUGGAGGAGGCCCAGGCUCGCACUCAAGCACAGCUGGGCUCCCCAGCCACCACCCCCUGCCUCACCCACAGCGACUACAUCGAGGUGGGGGAGGGACCCGGAGCUCUGCUUGGCAAGUUCCAUACAGUCAUCGAGAUCCCGCUGGAGAGCAGCAAGCGGCCUCCUACUAAGGCUAAGAAGUCUCCUGUGGGGAACUGGCUCUCCUUUUUCCACCUGGGAAAGUCCCACUCUGUGUCUAAACGUAAACUGAAGCGACACCCCAGUGAGCCUAACGAGAUAAAGAGCAUUGCACUGCCAGGUGGAAGAGGAGAUAGUGGUACAUUGCGCUCUACCAAAAGUGAGGAAUCUCUCACCUCUUUACACAAUGUGGAAGGGGAACCUCCAAGUUACCGCCGCCUCAGACCUCGUUCGACUAGUGAGGCUAUUUCUGCAGUCAGUAGAGAUGACCUGCGCAACACCAGAAGUAAAGAUGACCACAGAGCCCACUCACUAAAUGAGAGUUACAAUGGUGUUGAUCGUGUCCGUACUGCAGCCUGUAUUUCACCUCCACAUCAGGAGGAUGAUCUCGACCUCUGUCCACCGGCUGCAGGCAUCUCUACCUUGGACUUUGACCCCAUGUCUUUUCAGUGCAGCCAGCCCUCUGUGACACCUGGACUGCAGCAACACAACAAAGACGGAAAUAAAUGGAGGAAGAGCGGAGGGUGUUCCAGUGAAUCAGAGCCAAUCUCCUCUCCAAACAACAACAACAUUAGCUGCUUUCAGUCUCCAGAUAUUAGCCCAGUUCUUGGUAAAGGUGGGCGGAAGGUUACUUCCAAGCCGCUUUCUCCUAAACUCAGGAAGAAAUCCUUUAAGACACAAGCAGAUGUUCAGACUGCAUCCGCCUCCACAUCGUUCGGAGUGGCAGCAUCCUCUCCUCCACCUCUUCCCUCCUCUUCUCCUCCAGUGGAGAAGCGUGAAGUUUCCGUGGCAGAUGGAAAGGAGCCCAGAUCACCUUACCAACACUGCAGCCCACUCAGCACAGUAAGCCAGGCGUCAGCCCUGACAGAUCUCAGUCAGUCUGCACAGAACCUGCCUGAUCCAGGAACAGAUAGACUUAUGAGUUCAGUGUCUGUUCUCCCUCCUCACCCUCCUUUGACGAGUGCUGCACGCAAGUUGGCUUUGGCUUUGGCUGAAUCUGCCCAGAAGGCCAGCAGUGGCUCCCAGAGAAGAAACAACGUCCCGACACACCCUCUCCAGAGACAGGAAGCUCCUCACACUGCGGACAGACCCCCUCGGCCGUCUGUUCUCGAUCUCAAAGUGUACCCCCAGGAGUACUGCAGCCCUCAUGUCUCUGCUGUUUCCCAGUGGCAAACGUCAGGGCAUGGCCUUGUAGAGAGCCACUGCUGCCCUCACCCUGUUCAUUUCCUACCGGCGCACCUCUGCUCGGAGCCGUUGCAGGUCACUGACGCACAGGAAACCAUGUGCAAUUUCACACCUAAUGUCAGCCCCCUCGGGUCAGGGAGCUUGGAUGAAGGCAGUGCAGAAAUGAGAGACCGCAGAAAGGAAAAAGAGCAAGUGCUUAGAGAUGUCACACAGGCAGAGCCCACCUAUCAGAGUGUUGGUGUUUCAACACCCACUCAGCCUGUCUGCUCCACUCAGAGCCCUUCAACUUCUCCCAUAUAUGUGAACACUGACUCGAUCAAUGUCUUUAAUUUCCGCGCUGUUCUGGCUGAGACCUCCAUGCCUGCCUCGAUUGAGGAGGCUCUUCCACGUCCAUUACAGACUUCAUCAACCCAUCAUUACAGCCCGGAGGAGGACAGACCUCUGGACCUGGUUGAGGAUGUCUACGGUAAUCACCAUCAUCAUCGGCCAAUUCAAACUGGACGAAUGCCUGCAGCUCACUGCCCUCGGCCCGACGCUCUGCCACAUCACCUUUCGGGGCCAAAAAGCGUGUACAGGCAGUCCUCUGAAAGCCGCUACAACACCUUAGGUCUAAGACACCCUUUGUCACCUCAGUACAGACGUUACAAUAGAGAUGAGCACCUUAUCAGUGGCUGCCACAGGCAACAAGGCCAAUGGCAGAGGUCAGACGAUAGAAUAGUCGGGCACCCAGCCAUCCGGAGGGCUCGCUCCUUCCAUGCCCCUCAGAUUAGUCACUAUGAGCCAGCAGAGACAGAAGUCCUGCCACCUGACACCAUGUUUUAUGUUGAGCAGACUUCGAGCCAGGAGGCGCCCUAUCAGAGGCUGGUUCAGACUGGUCUUCACCCUGUUCGACCACAGUUUGAGAAUGCACAUGCUGACUAUCAUUACAACCGCUAUGCUGAUAUGAGCCCAAGAGAUGGCUCCCGUUAUUAUGUGGAGCCCUGCCGGCAAAGCGGCAUCCGACACAGUCAGUCUUAUACCAUGCGUUCCACAAGGGAAAGCGGACAAUCAGAUUACUACAACUACUCUCCACACCAUGUCCCCCCUGUCAACAAGGAGCUUUACAUAGAGAGCAGGGACACAGUAGUUUACGAGGCUAGAGAUGCAGAAGUGUUUGAGAGAGUCGUUUAUCAACCAGUCAAGCACGGCAGUAGGCGUAAAAACACAUGCCCAGCUGUGUCUCCCUAUGAGAGUCCCAUCUCUCCAACGGACUCAAGAGGCAGAGAGAUAAUGCACACAAGGAGCAAGUCAGACCCUGGAAAUGCUUGCCUCCUCUCCACCAACAGGACAGAAAGUCAAAAUGUUGUUAUAGCCACGUCCCCAACAUCCCCCAGGUCCCAACAGGCAGACCCUGAGGUGGCCCGGCAGCAGCGUGGUCACCGGUCCAGUGCAGAGGCAGGAGCAUCCAGGCGGAUUCAGAUCAAAGAGAGCUCCUCCCAGCAGCCACCGCUACGUAAAGUGCCCUCACUUCCAGAGGGGGGCUGUGCUAACCUCAAGAAUAUCGAGCACAAUGACAGAAGCCAUACACAAGGUCACGACCAGGAUCGAUUGAUGAUGACCAACGCUGUCAACAGCUACUCCGGUAUGUUGAAACCCAGCAUCCUCAGGAGACCAGGCCGCUCGCAGAGCACCAGAGAAAAUCGUCACUACUAUCAUUUCCACGCCAAAUCCCCCCUGGAUCCUGAACAUCUGGGAUCCUUUUCCACUCAGCCCAACAGAAGGACUCAGAGCACUAAAGUCAGGCCCACACAAUAUGACCACAUGGAGGGGUAUUACGCAGCUCCCAAACCUAAACCCGCAAGAUCCGGUAAAGCCGUGGCCGGAUAUUUGCCUGGCCAGGGUUGUAUGUCUCCCCGCGGGCACAGACUGCUUUCCAAGGCUCUGGGUCAUGAGGUUUUUUAUCAUGCUGCACUGAGAUCAGAGGCCGGGGUCUAUGAGUGAUUCUGACUACUGGUUUUUAUCUAAUUCCACAUUGGGGCCAAAGGAGAACAGCACUUUAUACUCUGCCAGACCAACAGACUGUUGCGUUGAAAGUGUGUUUGUUUUAACCUUCAGGAGCUGCUAAAAAAAGUGUGAGGUAAAGCUGCUGCUGCUGCUGCUGCUGCUGCUGCUGCUGGGGAUUCAUACUGUUGCUGGUAGUGUUAUAUUUUGCAAUUGUGCUUGAGGGAGCUGAAAGGGAACAAAUGAAUCGUAUGCAGAUAUUGUCUUAAAUUUAGAGAUGUGAGUGUAACAGUAAAAGGCAUGUUUGAGAAAAUAAUGGCUGAUAUAUUUUAUUUAAUGUCUAAAACAGAAGGGACGACAAGGUAAAGUAACAACUGGUUUUAUUAAUAUGAUUUUAAAGUACAUAUAAGGAAUGUGCAUAAAAUAACAUUCAUUUUAAAUGUAUUAUAUUUGUAUAAAUAACACACAGCUAACAUGUGGCCAAUGUACUGUACAUUUUGUUUUCUAUUCUAGUCUGCUCAGACUUCAACAAGCACUUUUGAGGAUAACUGUGUCUGAAACACAUUGUCUUAACGUGGUGUACAUGAAGCCUCUUGAUAUACAGUAUAUAUUUUUUUCUGUAAGAAAUGGCUUGCUCUGAAUCAUCAUUAAAUACUAAAUUAGCACUUUUUGGAGAGGUGAAAUGGAAGAUAACCCCAUGGUUUUCAAUUUUUUUCCCCCUUUAUCACACAUUGUGUAAUGCAAUCUUUAAAUAACAAUGAGUGCUAUGAUUUCUGUUAAAGCUACCUAGGCAAAACAUGCUAUACAUAAAUGCAAAUCAGCUCAUUCGUUAAGAGAUGUGUAUUUUGUAUGGCAUCGUGGUUUUGUCACAAAAAUAAAAUUUUCUUUCCUCUUUUAGGGAACUUUUAACAAUGUGGUGUUUUACAUAAGUAUGAUGUUGUUUUAUUCAUUAAAGAUGCUAUUUCAAGUCCAAACAUGUAGAUGAGGAUACUCUGUUAAGACAUGUUAAAUGCGUUAUUUUAGUGAGCGUCUUGAAAAAAAUAAAGAUAUAUUAUCAAUGAUUAUA